AUGGAUAAUAGCAAUGGCUGUUUCUUGUCCAACAUGGAUUUCCCAAUUGUUUAUAUCCUCCUGGUUGUUGGCAUCAUCAACUUAAUUAUAGUUCGCGUUUUCUAUGUUUUAUACCGCAGCUGCAAAGCUCUUUAUCCUAGAUCACCAGGACCCCUCAGUACAUUAAUUGUUCUGGGCUCAGGUGGCCAUACGGCAGAGAUGCUAAAUUUGUUAGCAGUGUUACAGAAAGAAAGGUUUAAGCCAAGAUAUUAUGUUGCUGCUGCAACUGAUAAUACGAGUCUUCAAAAGGCCCGUGUCCUCGAGGAUUCCUUGGUGGAUGAGGCAGGCGUCGACAUGGUAGGAACUGCUCAUUUCAUGCAAAUAUAUAGGAGCAGAGAGGUUGGUCAAUCGUACAUAACUUCUAUUGGAACAACCGUGGUUGCUAUAGUGCAUGCAUUGUGGCUAAUGGUUAAGAUGCGGCCCCAAGUGAUUUUGUGCAAUGGCCCUGGAACUUGUAUACCCCUAUGUGCAAUUGCAUUUAUUUUCAAGGUUCUCGGGAUUAGAUGGUCAUCCAUCUUCUAUGUUGAGAGCAUAGCUAGAGUGAGGAGGCUAUCUUUGAGUGGCUUGCUUCUUUACAAACUACACAUGGCUGAUCAGUUAUUUGUGCAAUGGCCACAACUAAAAACGAAGUACCCUCGAGCUAAUUACGUGGGCCGUCUUAUGUAG